CGUUCAGUUAGUAAAUUAAUAUUGGCACAUUUGAUAUACACACGUUGCCUACUGGGUCAAAUUUUCGAGAAUUUUGCACGCAAAAAUACCAAAAGCAACUAGGAAGGAUUAAUUAAAAGCAAUAAUUACAACUUCCAUAUGACAUUAUAAUAAAUUACUUUGCACAGUCGAGAAAAUCACAAUCAUAGUCGCCAUACAAGGUUGACACAAAUGGUGUCGAAUUUCGACAAAUAUUAAUAGCGAUACCACGAAUUAAAGUAUAUAUAAAGGCCAUAUUCUUCAUGAAAAUAUAGUUCCGUCAGUGUUACAAUUGCGGCAUCAAAAUGACAAAACUAGCAGUUUUUGCUUGCGUUCUUUUCCUAGCCUGCACAAGCCAGGCAUUCACUCUUUCUGGAUUACAAACGGCUAUCGGUAAAACCCAAAAUGAUAUAGAAUCUAUAUUAAGCAACACAUUAGAACGGGUCAAGAAAGCUGUAGAAGAAUCUCUAGAUAAACUAAAAUUUCUUGUCAACAAUCGUAAAACUGCUGUCAAGAGAAUAGUCAAUAAUGUGCAUACAAUUGUCGAUUUAAUCAUCAACGAUCAUCAGAGCAUCGCUUCAACUCUCUCGGAAACUAGCGAAUCCAAAGUAUCGACGUAGCCAGCAUUUUUUUAACAUACCACACUCAUUGCCCCACUCUUGAUAUCAAUAAAUCUAAUUGCUCAGUCAACAAUGUCUUUGAAAUACUUGGAGCUGAACGUUUCAUAGUUAUUAAAAAAAUGGAAUUCUGCAUACGGAACGUAUUCGACCCUAUCUGCGAAGCAAGUGCAGAGGGCGAAGAAAGCAAAGAGAGCGGAUUCUCCGAAACUGUCCCAAAUUGACUCACAGAUGUUCUAGAUACAUUUAACUCCUAAAGCAAUUGACUCCUCCGAAGAGAGUGAAGGCUUCGAUCAGGUCGCUGAUGCUGCAAAGUCAUCCGUCUCCGAAGAGAUUGAAGCCUCCGAAGUUUCCAACGAUGAGGUCGCAGAUGCUGCAGAAUUAUCCGUGUCCGAAGACACCGAAGUUUCCUACGAUGAGGUUGCAGAUGCUGCAGAGUCAUCAUCCUCCGAAGACACUGAAGCUUCCGAGGUUUCAGAGAACUCGGAUGAAAUUUCGAAUUAGGCAUGUAAUUUCGUAAGUUAACCGAGGGUUAUCUUUUGGUAAAAUCAUAACCGAAAUAAAACCGUCGGGUAAUCAUACUCAACGACCACGUUUACACGGACUUGUUCCAGCUUAAUUAUUAUUCAUCUAAAGGAACUGAUAAAUCCAAAAUAGUUCUUGAAAGUGGAAAUGCCUGUGUUUAGUCACUGACUACGUUUACACGGCGGUCUUGAACCGAUUUAGUUAAUACAGAUCUAAAGGAAUUGACCAAUCCCAAAUAUUCCUUGCAAAUAGAAACGUUCGUGAUAUGUCAUUUCCUUUAGAUCAUUAUUAACUAAACCGGUUUAAGACUAUCCGUACUAUCAGACUAACUAAAAAGGCAUGAGACCGUCGUGUUAAUGUAAUUAAUUACUAAAUUUACAAAUACGGGUUCAACAGGAUAAACUUACACGUGAUUGGUUAGUCGUUUGUAAAAGCCAUGCCUAAAAGGAUUUAAGUGAGAUCGACGAAUCACGUUCGUCUUUUCAAACGUUGAGCGAUUUAUUGAUUUCCUCUAAAUUUUGAGCUUGGAAACGUAGACAUUGGAACGUACCUGUCACAAGUGUGUUCGAAAAUGAACCGAGGCAACGAUGUUCGCAGCACUCUCGGCUCAUCUUCGAACGCAGCUAUCGUAGGUGUGUUCGCAAACCAACCAUAUUGCUGACUUUUGCAAUCGAGC